UGUUUGUGUGCGUGCGUGUUUGUGUUCACUGUUCAUGCACUUGAAAGUUUAAUAAAAAAACCGCACACAUUCAAGUAAAUUAAAUCACGAUUGUUGUUCGUAAACGAUGCAAUUUUUAAUUCAGUUUUAAACGUUUCGCAUUUUUCGAUUCAUAUUUUUGAACGAAAAACAGCAUACGCUUUUUAAGAAUAAAGGCAUUCGUCACCAACGUUGUGUGAUGACUCACAGCCUGAAUUACGUUUAUAACUACGACAAAUUUACACAUUAACAAUUCACACCAAAAGGCAAUUUGAAAAUUUUACAGUGAAGUACAGGCUCAUAUUCAUGUGAAUAUAUCAACAUUGUUAUUUGUUUACGUCAUACGACUUGAAAUGGAACAAAAAAUCAUAUGGAUAAGCGAACACAAGUGGAAAAGAGACAAGAAAACACGACGACAAACCUAGUGAAUAUCAUGGUUGAACUCACACCAUGUCAAGCACAUAUAUAAAACAAGCAUGUUGAUGACGCAUCGGUUUAGUCACACUUUGUAGGUUGAAUUGAUAACAAAAAUAAGAACAAUUGGGAGUUUUAAGCCUGAAAUUCCGUGAUAUUUUUUUCAAAUCAGAGUCAGUGCGAUAUUUCAAGUGUGAAGUUUAAAAAAUUCAUUCAUUUUGUGUUGAUUGACAAAUUUAACACGAAGUCCAGAUUUUAAAAAAAUCAAUCGAAUCACGCAAAAAAUCAAUUGAAAAGUUAUCAUACUAUUAUUCUUUUGAGCUUGAACCAUUAAAAUGUUCGUACAUUCGUCAACAACUUCGCCCAAAAAAUUGUGAAUCUGUAAACAAUUACAUUUUCGUUCAGUUCUGCAACACACUACUAUUUUUAAAAACUUUUGCAAUUUUUAUGUUCUAAAUCUGUAAUUUCUUGCAAAGAAUUUUUAAUCUUCAAUGUUAGAAACUGAAGUUACGCAAAAAAAAUUAGUGCUUCAAAAUAAUCAUAGUUGAGUUUGAGAUCAAAAGUCUGUAAAUGAAAGCAUUUUGUAAAAAAUAUAGUGUGUGUAUGCGGUUUUAUACUUCCCACUUAAUUUCUGUUGAGUUGUUCCGAAGAGACACGCAAUAAAUAUUCAGAACAGAACAGAACAAAACACGACGCAAUAUCGUCCAUUUUAGUCCUUUGCUGUGUUCAAUUUUUGGAUUAAAAAAGUAUUUGAGAUUGACAUUUGACGAAAAUAUUGUUGUCUAUAUUUUCGAAACCAUAGAAAAAUAUUAUAUCCACAUUGUUUCCAGUUUCGAAGAUGCUUGUCUCUUUAGACGGGAUUCACAGCGGAGUACCGACUAGAACUACUUCCACAUUAACACCGACUACAUUACGAAAUAUUGAACAGACUUUUCUGGAGUUAACCAACGAUACAUCUAAUACGGUACCUUGUCAAGCGGGAUUUGUACCGCCACCAUUACCUAAUUUUCAGUUUGAACCUGAAUCUCAAGAACACAGUCUAGGUUCUUCUGACUCAAAUUCUAGCGAAUCUUGGCAUACGUCACCGCCAAAUCAAGAAACAUCAUUCGAAACCAAUUUUUCUGAGAUUGCAUCUGUCAAAGGAAACAUCUCGAAACGCAAUAUGGGUGGUCGAAGACCGAAAAAUUCCGCGAAUUUAUCGCCCGAAGAAGAAGAGAAACGACGAGUUCGCCGAGAACGUAAUAAAUUGGCAGCAGCAAGAUGUCGUAAACGACGAGUUGAUCAAACAAAUGAGCUAUUGGAGAAAGUGCUCAUACUGGAAAGUGAAAAAAACAAAUUGCAGCGUGAUAUACAAGAUCUUCAAGCUGAAAAAGAGGAUUUAGAGUGUCUUUUGCAGUCACAUCGCAGCCAAUGCAAGCUUCAAAUUGGUGGCUUCACAAAAGUGGUGGAAUUAAAAUCUAAAAUCGAAUUCAAAGAACCAAUUCGUAUGCCGUUGAUCGGUAAAAUAAAAGUUGAAGUGGAUGACUCAGCAUAUGAAGAGGUACCAUCACCGACCAAACAUCUCAUAUCAGGCGCAAACCCUGUUAUAGGGGCCAUUGCAAAUCCAACAAUAAACUCAGCAAUUCCUGGCACUUCUAAGCCAAUUGCACGACCUAGCUCUUUGAAUGUACCGUUCACAGCCCCUCCUUCGCAGACAAUUGGCCUACAUAAAAAUAUUGCAGAUAUGGCUGGGGUGCAAAUAACAACACCUUCAAAUGUAGUGGCAUUCAAUUUUGAUAGUUUAAUGGAUGGUGGAACAGGGUUGACUCCCGUGGCAAUGCCAUCAUGCCCAUCUCAAAAUAAAAGUCCCUUAGACCUUGCAACGCCUACGAGUGAACCAUCAAAAUCACUAGUUAGUUUAUAGUUGAUAAAAAUACUUAACCAACUUAUAAUAAAUAAAAAUAUCUGAAAAUGUUUCAAGAAAUACAUCAGCAGUCAUUCAUAUAUUUUAUAACGUAUAAAAAUUGAUAUUUUCGAAGAAGAAAAAAACAUUAAAAAUAUAUUGCUUUCGUAUGGGUUAUUUUAUAAACAUAGGAUAUUGUGAUAUUUCAGUUGAACAAAAAUGUGAAAAUUACAAUUAAAAAAUAAAAUAAUACAUCAAAAUGAUCAGAGUUUAGUAAAUAAUAGCAUCUAGCUAUAUUUUUCUCAAAUGCAAAACAUGUAUGUUCAUAAUAAAAGUUUACAUAAUUCAUA